UCACGUUCCUUUUAAAAUUGUCAACUCAGAACUGAAUGCUAAUUUAGUUAUCAUUUCUGAGAUUCUGGAUAUGUGCCCGACAUUGAUUGCGCCCACUUCUUAAGCUCCUCUCUUCCUGGGUCUUGAGACCUACCCCUUACUCAUUCAUCCACUGAACAGACGUCCUCCAGGUUCUACAUAUUUUGUUAGAAAUAAAGCAGGAAACCAGGCAGAAUUGUUUGCUACCUUAUGGCCCUCCAAGGGGAAGACAGACAUUAAACAAAUAAUUACAUACAUCCCAGAAGAGUCUUUUUAAAAGGCCCUGUAGGGGUAGCCAACUGCAUGGAGGACACCCUGGGAGGUAACCUGGGGCGGGAGUAGGGUCAGGAAAGGCCUCUGACAGGAGGUAGGAAGUAGGAAGUGAAGUUUAAACUGAGGUCUGGGGGAUUAGAAAAAGUUUCUCAGAGAUUGAAAAGAACAUGGCAUUACAUACUAGUAUGAAGACAGCCUGGGUCAGGCACACACAAGAUCCAUACUGAAUGAGGGGCUGUGGGCGCACUGAAUGAGGGUCGGUGUCCAGAAUGACACUGAGAAGGUGUCUUGAGAAAGACUUGUAAAACAAAUGGGUGGCCAAGACCGAAUAGGGUUCAGAUAUUGUUUGUUAACCCCUCUCGUCCCAAGGAAGCAGUCGUCACCCACUUUUUUUUUUUUAAAUAAGAAAAACAAAAGUUUAUCUGUUAAUUACUACAGGGUAGGAGUUCACACAGAUAAGAAUUGUUUUUCCAGUGGAUAGGCGAGGGAAAAGACUCAAGAGGACUAGCUAGGGUUUGCUACUAAGUAGCUGGCAGAACUAAUCUGAAUACACUUUAGGUGGUUAACUUUCCACAAUUUCUUACUGUCAAAACCGGUCCAAGCCUUGUUUUGACAGCAAUCAUAUACAACUUGGGGAAGAAGAGCUGCUUGGCCUGAGGAAUCUGAAAUACCACCGUGGGCAGAGAUGUUCUAGGUGGGUGGACACUAUCAGGCAAAAGGCUACAGGGUGGAGUAGUGGGGUGUACGGAAGUGGCUUAAAGGGGUGCUAGAGGUGUGCACUUCUGGGAGGUGCCUUGUGCUAACUACCCACUAUCCGGCCCAGCCGGUUAAUCAUUUCCUGACCUUUUCUUUCCUGCCCCAAGGAUUGCUACAUCUUUCUUCCCUCUUCACUUGCUCGCUAGGGGAUGAAAGAAAGAAGCUCUUUCAGCAGGUCAAACAAAACAAAACAAAACAAAACAAAACAAAGCCCAACUUUGGAGGUUAAAUUUGUGGGAGUCCUAGAUAUCCUCAAGGCAGACUCUCUACUCCUGGACGCUUGUCCUCUCUUCUUCACCUCUUUCUAGAGAUUUGAAGUUUGGGGUCCAAUCUUCCCGAGGCAAAUUAUACUCUCGGUUUUACUGGCAGUAAAAAAGGGGACCGCAGCAGCAGCUUGAGAGAGUGUUUUGAGGAUUAACGAGGUGUGGUAUGCAGAGUGCCUGGCGGGGAGCCAGGUGGGCUUCUAACAAAUGUCACCCUGCCUCUCUUUAUUACCUAGCACCCUUGACCUUGCACAGCAAAUCGGAUAGUUAUUUCAUUUAACUUUAAAAGGUAUAGGUAUGAAAAUACCCACAAUGGGCAGGAGAUAACAGUGAGUCAUAAUGACAUGGCGUGGACCCGGGAACGCAGGCGGUCUAGUGGGCCCAGUCGUGCAGAACCCAGGUGACACGGUCAGGCCAGAGUUCAGAACUCAGAAAAGUUCCGGACCGCGCCUGCUACGGAGGGAACACGCAAGUCAGGACUGCUCUGGGCUCUUUGCAGCCGGCUGGGCCAUCGAGGGCCACGCCCCAAAAGUCUGUUUCUUCCUGUGUAAAAUGGGGCUUCGACGCGUGUCGGUGCGAGUGGUUUUCAUUUUCCGCGCUCUUUGCGGUCACAUUUUCUACCUCGCUGCUGUAGUCAACUCACUGCAGUAGACGCAGCGGUCUCGAUCGCCCCGGAUGAGUACUCACACUUGUCGGGGUCCCAAGAAUCGGCUGCCCCGAGCCCCGGGCAGUCAGAGUUCGGAAAGUCACUUCACCUCACCGUAGGACAUUAGGCUAGCAGCUAGCAGUGGAUGAGCGCCAAGGCCCCGCCCACAGGCUGGCGUGGGGGCGGGGCCGGGCCUGGGGGCGUAACCAGCAGGGUGGGCGGGGCAGCACGAGAAGGCGGAAGCCUACUGUCUCUGGGCGACUGCAGAACCAGGAAUCCGGAUUUCCACGUUCUCUGGAGCGGGGCGCCGGGAGACGGCGGAUGGCAAAACCCGGCGCCCGGAAGCCCUUGCUUUCUUUGACGCAAAGGCUCGGGACCCAGAAGCCGCCGUCUGCCCAGCGCCGGGUCAGAAGCGACCCCAGACGGAGCCUCCGAAGUCCCUCCGCCCCAGAGCCUCGGCCGUCCCCGCCGCCGUCCUCGUGGCCAUGGAGUGUCCGCACCUCAGUUCCAGCGUCUGCAUCGCCCCGGACUCAGCCAAGUUCCCCAACGGCUCCCCGUCGUCCUGGUGCUGCAGCGUGUGCAGGUCCAACAAAAGCCCCUGGGUCUGUUUGACUUGUUCGGUUGUCCACUGUGGAAGGUAUGUGAAUGGCCAUGCAAAAAAACAUUAUGAAGAUGCACAGAUUCCUUUACCCAACCAUAAGAGAUCAGAAAAGCAGGAGAAAGCCCAGCAUACAGUGUGUAUGGAUUGCAGUAGCUACAGCACAUAUUGUUAUCGCUGUGACGAUUUUGUGGUCAAUGACACCAAGCUGGGCCUGGUACAGAAAGUGAGAGAACACUUACAGAACUUGGAAAAUAGUUCAGCUUUUACAGCUGACAGGCACAGAAAAAGAAAAUUAUUGGAAAACUCAUCACUAAACAGCAAGUUAUUAAAAGUAAAUGGAAGUACGACUGCCAUCUGUGCCACAGGCCUUCGGAAUUUGGGCAACACAUGUUUCAUGAAUGCUAUCCUUCAGUCACUCAGUAACAUUGAGCAGUUUUGCUGUUAUUUCAAAGAACUGCCUGCUGUGGAGUUAAGGAAUGGAAAAACAGCAGGAAGGCGAACAUACCACACCAGGAGCCAAGGGGACAGCAAUGUGUCUUUGGUAGAAGAGUUUAGAAAGACACUGUGCGCUUUAUGGCAAGGCAGCCAGACUGCAUUUAGUCCUGAGUCUUUGUUUUAUGUGGUCUGGAAGAUCAUGCCUAACUUUAGGGGUUAUCAGCAGCAGGAUGCCCACGAGUUCAUGCGCUACCUUCUGGAUCAUCUACACUUGGAACUUCAGGGUGGCUUCAAUGGUGUUUCCCGCUCAGCAAUUCUACAGGAAAAUUCUACGCUGUCUGCAAAUAACAAAUUCUGCAUAAAUGGAGCAUCAACUGUUGUCACAGCAGUAUUUGGAGGAAUUCUCCAGAACGAGGUCAACUGCCUCAUAUGUGGGACAGAGUCGAGGAAGUUUGAUCCAUUCCUAGAUCUCUCCUUAGAUAUUCCAAGUCAUUUCAGAAGCAAGCGCUCUAAGAAUCAGGAAAAUGGGCCAGUUUGUUCCUUGCGAGAUUGUCUUCGCAGCUUCACCGACCUGGAGGAACUUGAUGACACGGAGUUGUAUAUGUGCCACAAGUGCAAAAAGAAACAGAAGUCCACAAAAAAGUUCUGGAUUCAAAAACUUCCCAAGGCGCUGUGCUUGCACCUGAAAAGGUUUCACUGGACAGCGUAUUUAAGAAACAAAGUCGAUACAUACGUUCAGUUCCCACUGAGAGGCCUGGACAUGAAGUGCUAUCUACUAGAGCCGGAGAACAGUGGCCCAGAGAGUUGCCUGUAUGACCUUGCUGCUGUGGUGGUUCACCAUGGCUCUGGGGUUGGUUCUGGACAUUACACAGCAUAUGCAGUUCACGAAGGCCGCUGGUUCCAUUUCAAUGACAGCACUGUGACAGUGACUGACGAGGAGACCGUUGGGAAGGCAAAGGCCUACAUUCUGUUUUAUGUGGAGCGUCAAGCCAGAGCUGGAGCAGACAAACUGUAAUACCUCCUGACCAUGAUUCAUCAGCUAUACUGGACAACAUUUCCAUUUCCCAUAAAUACUUGAUCCAAGAGUUAAUUUCAGUAUGCACUUUUCAAUUUCCAGUUUGGGGUUUAGUUUGGUCAGUGGUAGUGACUUACCCAAUAUGGGCACCAACUAAUCUUUGUUGUUGUUCUACCUGAAAACCUCAGCAGGCAUUUUGAUUGGCUGCUUUAGUUGUAAUAAUUCAAUUUUUAUAUGUAGUUUCCAGAACUUAGUUCUGUUUGACUUUUUAUAUUGAUGUUUUCAAUUCUCACUGAGGCACAUUUGCAUCUGCUCUGUACUCACAUGCUGAGAGCCACCCUGCCUGCUGUCCUCAUAGCAGACAGGCCAGCGACUCCAUGUGAGGGUCGUGUGUGCAGGUCUGUGGCCCACUGGUUUCACAGUGACUGCUCAGGAAUUCCUCUGACUGUAGGCAGUAGUAGCUGAAGGUCAGUAGACCAGGCCGUCACCACUGCCUGUGUCUCAGGGUUGCUGUUUCUCAGCAUUAAAUAAAUCUGUCAGUUCCGUUGCA